CGGGCCUGUCCGCCCGCCGCCCGGUGCCGCCCUCGGUGCCCGCGCCGGCCGCAUGGCGCUCCGGGGCUUCUGCAGCGCCGAUGGCUCCGACCCCUUCUGGGACUGGAACCUCACGUGGUACACCAGCAACCCCGACUUCACCAAGUGCUUUCAGAACACCGUGCUCAUGUGGGUGCCUUGCUGUCACCUCUGGGCUUGCUUCCCCUUCUACUUCCUCUAUCUGUCCCGCCACGACCGGGGCUACAUCCAGAUGACACAUCUCAACAAAGCCAAAACUGCCUUGGGGUUUUUGCUGUGGAUCGUCUGCUGGGCAGACCUCUUCUACUCUUUCUGGGAAAGAAGUCGGGGCAUAUUCCUGGCCCCAGUGUUUCUGGUCAGCCCAACCCUUUUGGGCAUCACCAUGCUGCUUGCUACCUUUUUAAUUCAGCUCGAGAGAAGGAAGGGCGUCCAGUCCUCAGGGGUCAUGCUCACCUUCUGGCUCGUAGCCCUUCUGUGUGCCCUUGCCAUCCUGAGAUCCAAAAUCAUGACUGCCUUAAAAGAGGAUGCCCAGAUCGACGUGUUUCGCGAUGUCACUUUCUACGUCUACUUUUCCCUCGUGCUCGUUCAGCUCGUGUUGUCGUGUUUCUCAGACCGCUCGCCGCUGUUCUCCGAAACCAUCAACGACCCCAAUCCUUGCCCGGAAUCUGGUGCCUCCUUCCUUUCCAGGAUCACCUUCUGGUGGAUCACAGGGUUGAUGAUCCGGGGCUACCGCCAGCCCCUGGAGGGCAGUGACCUCUGGUCCCUCAACAGGGAGGACACGUCGGAACAAGUUGUGCCUGUGCUGGUGAAGAACUGGAAGAAGGAAUGUGCCAAGUGUAGGAAGCAGCCGGUGAAGAUGGUGUGCUCCUCGAAGGACCCCACCAAGCCGAAAGGGGGUUCCAAGCUGGAUGUGAAUGAGGAGGCGGAGGCCUUGAUUGUCAAGUCCCCCCAGAAGGACCGGGAGCCCUGUCUGUUCAAGGUGUUAUACAAGACGUUCGGGCCCUACUUCCUCAUGAGCUUCUUCUUUAAGGCCGUCCACGACCUGAUGAUGUUUGCCGGCCCCGAGCUCUUAAAGUUGCUCAUCAACUUCGUGAAUGACACGGAGGCCCCGGACUGGCAGGGCUACUUCUACACGGCGCUGCUGUUCGUCAGCGCCUGCCUGCAGACCCUGGUGCUGCACCAGUACUUCCACAUCUGCUUCGUCAGCGGCAUGCGCGUCAAGACCGCCGUCAUCGGCGCCGUCUACCGCAAGGCCUUGGUGAUCACCAACUCAGCCAGAAAAUCCUCCACGGUCGGGGAGAUCGUCAACCUCAUGUCUGUGGAUGCCCAGAGGUUCAUGGACUUGACCACGUACAUUAACAUGAUCUGGUCAGCCCCUCUGCAAGUCAUCCUCGCACUCUACCUCCUGUGGCUGAACCUGGGCCCUUCCGUCCUGGCUGGGGUGGCUGUGAUGGUCCUCAUGGUGCCCAUCAAUGCUGUCAUGGCGAUGAAGACCAAGACCUACCAGGUGGCGCAAAUGAAGAGCAAAGACAGCCGGAUCAAGCUGAUGAAUGAAAUUCUCAACGGGAUCAAAGUGCUCAAGCUUUACGCGUGGGAGCUGGCGUUCAAGGACAAGGUGCUGGCCAUCCGGCAGGAGGAGCUCAAGGUGCUGAAGAAGUCGGCCUACCUGGCCGCCGUGGGCACCUUCACCUGGGUCUGCACGCCCUUCCUGGUGGCCCUGUGCACCUUCGCCGUCUACGUAACCGUGGACGAGAGGAACGUCCUGGAUGCCCAGAAAGCCUUUGUGUCCUUGGCCUUGUUCAACAUCCUCCGGUUCCCCCUGAACAUUCUCCCCAUGGUGAUCAGCAGCAUCGUGCAGGCGAGUGUCUCCCUCAAACGCCUCAGGAUCUUCCUCUCCCACGAGGAGCUGGAGCCCGACAGCAUCGAGCGGCAGCCUGUCAAAGACGGAGGUGGGGGGACCGACAGCAUCACCGUGAAGAAUGCCACGUUCACCUGGGCCAGGAGCGACCCUCCUACGCUUAAUGGCAUCACCUUCUCCGUUCCGGAAGGGGCGUUGGUGGCCGUGGUGGGCCAGGUGGGCUGUGGAAAGUCGUCUCUGCUCUCAGCCCUCCUGGCUGAGAUGGACAAGGUGGAGGGGCACGUGACCAUCAAGGGCUCAGUGGCCUACGUGCCCCAGCAGGCCUGGAUUCAGAAUGACUCGCUCCAAAAAAACAUCCUUUUUGGACGCCAGCUGCAGGAACGGUAUUACAAGGCCGUGAUAGAGGCCUGUGCCCUCCUCCCAGACCUGGAAAUCCUGCCCAGCGGGGACCGGACAGAGAUUGGCGAGAAGGGCGUGAACCUGUCUGGGGGCCAGAAGCAGCGCGUGAGCCUGGCCCGGGCUGUGUACUGCAACUCCGACGUUUACCUCUUCGACGACCCCCUCUCGGCGGUGGACGCCCACGUGGGAAAACACAUAUUUGAAAAUGUGAUCGGCCCCAAGGGGAUGCUGAAGAACAAGACGCGGAUCCUGGUCACACACAGCAUCAGCUACCUGCCGCAGGUGGACGUCAUCCUCGUCAUGAGUGGCGGCAAGAUCUCCGAGAUGGGCUCCUACCAGGAGCUGCUGGCCCGGGAUGGGGCCUUCGCCGAGUUCCUGCGCACCUACGCCAGCGCGGAGCAGGAGCAGGCCUCGGAGGACGACGGGAUGAUGGGCGUCAGCAGUCCGGGGAAAGAGGCCAAGCAGAUGGAGAACGGCGUGCUGGUGAUGGACGCCGCGGGCAGGCAGCUGCAGAGACAGCUCAGCAGCUCCUCCUCCUACAGCGGGGACGUGGGCAGGCACCGCCACAGCACGGCCGAGCUGCAGAAGGCCGGGGCCAAGAAGGAGGAGACCUGGAAGCUGGUGGAGGCGGACAAGGCUCAGACCGGGCAGGUCAAGCUGUCCGUGUACUGGGACUACAUGAAGGCCAUCGGGGUGUUCAUCUCCUUCCUGAGCAUCUUCCUCUUCCUGUGUAACAACGUGGCCGCCCUGGCCUCUAACUACUGGCUCAGUCUCUGGACCGACGACCCCAUCGUCAACGGGACGCAGGAGCACACGAAAGUCCGCCUGAGCGUCUACGGAGCCCUGGGCAUCUCGCAAGGUAUCACCGUGUGCGGCUACUCCAUGGCAGUGUCCAUCGGGGGGAUCUUUGCUUCCCGCCGUCUACACCUGAACCUGCUGCACAACGUCCUGCGGUCGCCCAUGAGCUUCUUUGAGCGCACGCCCAGCGGGAACCUGGUGAACCGCUUCUCCAAGGAGCUGGACACGGUGGACUCGAUGAUCCCUCAGGUCAUCAAGAUGUUCAUGGGCUCCAUGUUCAAUGUCAUUGGCGCCUGCAUCAUCAUCCUGCUGGCCACACCCAUCGCCGCUGUCAUCAUUCCGCCCCUGGGCCUCCUCUACUUCUUCGUCCAGAGGUUCUACGUGGCUUCCUCCCGGCAGCUGAAGCGCCUCGAGUCGGUGAGGUGCUCCCCGGUGUACUCCCACUUCAACGAGACCCUGCUGGGCGUCAGCGUCAUCCGCGCCUUCGAGGAGCAGGAGCGCUUCAUCCGCCAGAGCGACCUGAAGGUGGACGAGAGCCAGAAGGCCUAUUACCCCAGCAUCGUGGCCAACAGGUGGCUGGCCGUGCGGCUGGAGUACGUUGGCAACUGCAUCGUCCUGUUCGCCUCCCUGUUCUCGGUGAUCUCCCGGCACAGCCUCAGCGCCGGCCUGGUGGGCCUGUCGGUGUCGUACGCGUUGCAGAUCACCACGUACUUGAACUGGCUGGUUCGAAUGUGGUCUGAGACGGAGGCCAACAUCGUGGCCGUGGAGAGGCUCAAGGAGUAUUCGGAGACAGAGAAGGAGGCUCCCUGGCAGAUCCAGGAGACGGCUCCGCCCAGCACCUGGCCCCAGGUGGGCCGGGUGGAAUUCCGGAACUACGGCCUGCGUUACCGGGAGGACCUGGACUUGGUCCUGAAGAACAUCAACAUCACCAUCAACGGGGGGGAAAAGGUUGGCAUCGUGGGGCGGACAGGAGCCGGGAAGUCAUCCCUGACCCUGGGCUUGUUUCGGAUCAACGAGUCUGCCGAAGGGGAGAUCGUCAUCGAUGAUGUCAACAUCGCCAAGAUCGGCCUGCACAACCUCCGUGUCAAGAUCACCAUCAUCCCCCAGGACCCCGUUUUGUUUUCGGGCUCCCUCCGCAUGAACCUGGACCCGUUCAGCCAGUACUCAGACGAAGAGGUCUGGACAUCCCUGGAGCUGGCGCACCUGAAGGGCUUCGUGUCCUCCCUUCCCGACAAGCUGGACCACGAGUGCGCGGAGGGCGGGGAGAACCUGAGCGUUGGGCAGCGCCAGCUCCUGUGCCUGGCCCGGGCCCUGCUGAGGAAGACGAAGAUCCUCGUGUUGGACGAGGCCACGGCGGCCGUGGACCUGGAAACAGACGACCUCAUUCAGUCCACCAUCCGGACGCAGUUCGAGGACUGCACUGUGCUCACCAUCGCCCACCGGCUGAACACCAUCAUGGACUACACGAGGGUGAUCGUCCUGGACAAAGGAGAAAUCCGGGAGUGCGGCGCCCCCUCCGACCUCCUACAGCAGAGAGGACUCUUCUACAGCAUGGCCAAGGAUGCCGGCUUGGCGUGAGCCCUAGAGCUGGCACGUCUGGCCAGAACUGCAGGGCCAGCGUGCCAGUGUGCAGGGAUGUCAGCAUCCUCGGGAAACCGAGCCUUCUAUACUGAAACCAAAAAAACAAAAAACCAAAACUCAUCCAAAGCAGUUGCAGCCACCAUCGGGCCCCUUCCUGGAAUCGGCCCUGAAGACACAGGAGAGAGACGGGGAUGCACCCCACCCGAACACACACUCCCUUGCCUCUGGCGCCCCUUGGAAACACACGCGUGUUCUCACGCCCCAGGAGUGCAGGCUCGUGCCCCUGCUGCUUCCCACAGGGGAGGGUUUUGGCGGCCAGACGUCCAGAGGAAUCAGUUGCGUAGAACGUGCUAGUGACCAAAUCCAGCCAACUGCCUCGGGUCUCUACAGCCAAAGUCUGUGGAUUCCGAGUCUUUGAGCGGCUCCCGGCCCCUCCAGCUCUCCAACGUCCUUGUCUGCUUCUGCUCAGAAAGCUUCCUUUCCUCGGGGCUGCCUGGCGAAAGUCACUCUCCCCCACGGGCAGUGUCCCAAGGGUCUGGAUGGUCGUCCUGCCAACAUCUGGUCUUCCCGGGCUCAGACGCUGGGAACCGACCUCCCAGAGCUGCCUCUGCUCGGACUCGCUUCAGAGGCUAGAGGUGGCCUUGCGCACCCACACCUGUCCUCAUCGAAGGGACUUGGCUGGGCUAGGGGACACUGGGCCGGGGGCUCAUCCCUUAGGGCUGAGGCCCAGCUUGGGCUGGUCUGCCCCGCACUCCAGCCUUCCCCCCCUCCCCCACCCCAGCCUCCUUCCUUCCCCCUCCAGGUGCCCGAGAGAGGAAGGUCUGCCAGUGGCUGUGACGCAUCCGGAGCAAAGAGCACGACGUACCUCCCAUGUACACCCACUUGGUACCAAAAAGGGUCCCUUUGAGGCUUCUCGUUUUUAGAUUUUCAUUUCUCGCCAUUGGCAUCUGGUUAGCUGCCAAGGGGCAGCGUGGCAGAGUACUUGACCUUCGGUUACGAAUUCUCUUCUAAGGACCAGAAGAGAACCCAUCCUUGAAUAUCAGUGAUUUUUUUUUUUUUUUUUAAGUACUGCUCCUGGGAGAAACAUGGUCUCACGCACGACUUUACUUUCUUGGAAGGAAGGAUUAGGCCAGGGAGCAGCAUCCCCAGGGAAUCGCUGAAAGCCAGGCCUGCAUUGGACACUUGGUUCCCGUGUUCCUGGAACCAAACGGAGGAGCAGAGUCCUGCAAAGCCUGUGCCCAGGUGUCUCGCUGGGAGAACACGGUGAGACCCGGGCUGCAGCACGAGCCGAGUGCGGCCCCCGCGUUCACUCGCUCUGAAUUACCGUGCUUACUUCAAACCCAGAGCGCAUCUUUCUUUGAGGCGGAAAUAUUUAUUUUUUUGUAAGUUAUAUCAUUCUUUCACAUUAGAUAAAGCCAAGCUUUUCUUGGGAUGGGGGGGGCGUCUUUUUGUAAUGACUUACACUGGAAAUGGGAACAUUUGCAGUAAAAAAAUAUAUAUUUUAUUUCUUUCUAAA